GGAGAGAGGAAGCAGAAACUUGGAGUCUCGCAUGGUAGCCAGAGGGCGGUGGCAUUUCUYUCUCACACACUCUCUCUCUCGUUCUCUGCGUAAACGGAGUCCGCGCCGCGGCCGAGAGGAGAGGAGAUCAGUGAGGCAGCAGAGCCGCUGACACGAGUGGAGGGACCCGGCUCUUAUUCCCACCUCUGCACGCAGCUUUAACCUGCGCUUUGAAAUACCUGGCUGUUAACAUUGUUUUAUUUUUUACACCCGCACCGCGGCUGCUUUUGGACUCCAUCAGCUGAUCUUUGUGCUGGAGGAGGAGAAGUGCGGGGGUCUCUUAUUUCCCCCCCAACACACACACAAACAUUGUGGACGGAGGAGUUUUGCGCGUGUAUGUCUGUUACUACGCCGUGCCUGCCAUGGGUAAAAGUGGACUGAGAAGUGGAGUUCGACUCGGGGCUUCUAGCCUGGCGAGAAUGUGCGCCGCGCGGGGGAUCCUGCUGCUMUGCGUGCUCGCGCACCCGGGAGUCGCUCAAGUGAGGGAUGAUGAUGACUUCCUUAGCCUGAGUGAACUCCCAGAAACCUUUCCUUCCGACCCUCCAGAGCCCUUACCUCACUUCCUGUUUGAACCAGAGGAAGGCUACAUUGUCAAGAACAAGCCUGUCAAUCUCUACUGCAAAGCAACGCCUGCCACACAGAUUUACUUUAAGUGCAACAGUGAGUGGGUUCAUCAGAAGGACCACACUGUGGAGGAGAAGGUUGACGAAAACUCAGGUCUAGUAGUAAGAGAGGCCAGUAUAGAAAUAACUCGGCAGCAGGUGGAAGAGUUGUUUGGUCCUGAAGAUUACUGGUGUCAGUGCGUGGCAUGGAGCUCUGCCGGAACCACAAAAAGCCGCAAGGCACACGUCCGCAUUGCAUACCUAAAGAAGUCAUUUGAACAAGAGCCGCUCGGGAAGGAGGUGUCGCUGGAGCAGGAGGUGCUGUUACAGUGUCGCCCUCCGGAGGGCAUACCAGCUGCUGAGGUGGAGUGGUUGAAGAAUGAUGAGAUUAUAGACCCUGCAGAGGACAGAAAUUUUUACAUCACUAUUGAUCACAACUUGAUCAUCAAACAGGCGCGUCUGUCCGACACGGCCAACUACACGUGUGUGGCUAAGAACAUUGUGGCCAAAAGACGAAGCACAACAGCGACUGUGAUUGUGUAUGUGAACGGCGGUUGGUCGACUUGGACAGAGUGGUCUCCAUGCAACAGCCGCUGUGGAAGAGGUUUUCAGAAACGAACCAGGAGCUGCACGAACCCUGCCCCGCUCAACGGAGGACUGCCCUGUGAUGGGCAGGCCAUCCAGAAACUACCCUGUACCACACUGUGCACUGUGGAUGGUGUGUGGACAGACUGGAGUAAGUGGUCCGCCUGUGGGACAGAGUGCACACAGUGGAGGAGGAGAGAGUGCAACAACCCAGCACCUAAAAAUGGCGGGAAGGACUGCGAGGGUCUGGUGCUUCAGUCUCAGAACUGCACUGAUGGACUUUGUAUGCAGACUGCUCCGAGUACAGAUGACGUGGCGCUUUAUGUGGGCAUCYUCAUCGCGGUGAUCAUGUGCCUCUUCAUCUCUGCCAUCGUGGCACUUUUUGUGUAUCGCAAGACGCACCGUGACUUUGACUCGGACAUCAUCGACACCUCAGCGCUCAACGGAGGCUUCCAGUCUGUGAACAUCAAGACAGCCCGGUCAGCCGAUCUUCUGACAGCCCCUCCCGACUUGACGAAUGCUGCUGCGAUGUACCGUGGUCCAGUUUAUGCGCUUCACGAUGUCUCUGAUAAAAUCCCAAUGACCAACUCUCCUCUCCUGGAUCCUCUCCCUAACCUGAAGAUCAAAGUCUACAACUCAUCAGGUCUGGUCACACCGCAGGAUGACCUCGGCGGAGAUUUUACCUCUAAAUUGUCUCCUAAGGUUACUCAGUCUCUGUUGGAUAACAGUGACACCAUGAACCUUCGCAARCAGAGCUUGGCCCGGACCCGAGAUCCUUCCUGCACUGCUCACGGGUCUUUCAACAGUCAGGGAGGACACCUCAUUGUUCCCAAUUCAGGGGUGAGCUUGUUGGUUCCAGCAGGUGCUGUUCCUCAGGGGAGGGUGUAUGAGAUGCAUGUGACUGUGCACAGGAAGGACAGCUUAAGACCCCCGGUAGAAGACAUUCAGACAGUUCUCAGCCCAGUGGUGAGUUGUGGCCCUCCAGGAGCCCUGCUGACCAGACCAGUGAUCCUCACCAUCCACCACUGCGCAGACAAUGUGCAGGAAGACUGGCUUAUACAGCUCAAGAAUCAGCUGGCUAUGGGAGAAUGGGAGGAUGUGGUUGUAGUGGGAGAGGAGAACUUCACCACCCCCUGCUAUGUGCAGAUGAACUCGGAGGCAUGUCAUAUUCUGACAGAGACACUGGGGACUUACUGCUUGGUCGGCCAGUCGAUUGGCAAAGCCGCCGCCAAGAGGCUCAAGCUGGCUGUUUUUGGGCCAGUCUCAUGCACAACUUUGGAUUAUCACAUCAGGAUUUAUUGCCUGGAUGACACUCAAGAUGCACUUAAGGAGGUUCUUCAGAUGGAGACCCAAAUGGGAGGGAAGCUUCUGGAUGAACCAAAGACUCUGAACUUCAAAGACAGCACACAUAAUCUGAGACUGUCCAUCCACGAUGUGCCACACACACACUGGAAGAGCAAACUCAUCGCCAAGUAUCAGGAGAUCCCAUUCUACCAGGUGUGGAGUGGCAGCCAGAGAACUCUUCACUGCACCUUCACCCUAGAGAGAUUGUGCUCAGCCACCACAGAGCUCAGCUGCAAGCUGUGUGUGAGGCAGGUAGAAGGAGAAGGACAAAUCUUUCAGCUCAGCAGCACCUUGGAGGAGGAGCUCCAGUGUAUAGAUACAUCGUUAAUGGACCCUGCAAGCAAUAUCACAACUUUAAUUGGGCCUAAUGCCUUUCGAAUUCCUUUAUCCAUCAGACAGAAGUUGUGUGGAAGUUUAGAUGCACCACAGACCAGAGGCAAUGACUGGAGGAUGCUGGCCCACAAACUCAACCUGGACAGGGGUGUUCAAAGAGCUGUCUGUAGCAGAUACUUGAAUUACUUUGCCACCAAGUCAAGCCCGACAGGUGUGAUCCUGGACCUGUGGGAGGCGCAGCACUUCCCUGACGGAGAUCUAAACGAACUGGCUGCCGUGCUGGAAGAAAUGGGUCGCCACGACAGCAGCCUCGCCUCUGUGACAUCAGAACACUGACAAAGCACCGUGUUUAAACACGAUAAUGGCAAAAACUCCGGCGGUAGUUACACGUGAAUUCUCUAUGGCGGAUGCUGCAGCUAGGGCUGAAUGAACCAAUUAGACGCGAGUAAAUGAAAAGCUGUCACCAUGGUGACGGGGCGCCGUUUGAAAUACCACGGUAAUCACGUCGACACGGGAAUAACAAGCGCUCGAGCCGGUUCUGGACCUAUGUUUGCAUUUUAUUUGUGUGUAUUUGCGAGGUGUUGUUGGUAGAGGUAGCCCUACCUGAUAAGGAACAAAGAAAACAUACACAUGCCUAAAGAAGAGGGGGUGGGGAAUAAUCUGUUUUCUAUCGCAACACCAGAUUUUUUUCAUCUUUCUGUAUACUUCAAUACCAAACAAAGCAGCGGAGGCAUGAAAAGAAGAUAAACGAAACAGAUACUGACCUUGAAAACAUCUAUAGAAAUGGAAAAAGGAAGAGAAGGUAAACUAAUUACAGAGGAGCCCAGGAAAGGUAGAUUGAGUACACACCGUGGCUGAGCCUGACUCUUUAAAAAGAUGAGAGCAAACAGAGAGCAGGUAAACUGAUUACAGAAGGGAGGGAGGAUAGAAACGUACGAUGAUGGAAGUGCUGGCAGGUGACCAUCUGGAUGGAAAACAGAUAAUGAGAGGGGAGACGAAGAAGUCGCUCUCUUUCUUGUGAGCCUCGGCUGUACGUGUUUGUCGGUACAGUUUGUCGCCUUUAUAUCGUUUCUUAGGGAACGCUCUAUGUAUCCUGCUGUCCAUAUGUGUGGAUCAUCUCCUGCUACAGAAUUAUUUUCCUGUUAGUCCUGACCAGAAACAAGCCAGAGCUCAAGAGUUUCUCAUUUGGACUGAAACGUGACAAUAUAAAGUCAAAUCGAAAUGCUUUUAGAUCAUUUAGGUCAUAAAAACUGACAACUGUUUCCAAACGUCCAUUCCAAAGAUUGUUCCUCAGAUAGAUGCAAGUAAAAUCUGAUCUAUUUAAAGGUGCAUGACUGUGAGAGACAUUAAAUCUUUUUUUUACAAUAAAUGAGGUUUAGACUUUAAAAAUUGGUUUCAAAGUUGUUAUUCAUUUUUAUUUAUUUUUUUACAAUCUUCCCUUGAGCAUAAACUCAGGUGUCUCCAUUCAAUCAGCAGUGAGGCUGCUGAGCAUGAGAUCCUGAAAUCUUUCUGCUGGACUGUUGGGGCUUGUUUCUGGGCAUGGAUGGAUGGAUGUUUUUUAUUUCUUAUCCACUUAUAUACAAAGUAACAGAAUUAUACCAUAGUGAGUUCAAAAUACUUAUUUUCAUUUAUUAUCCCAAAAUGUAAACUAACACUUUCAGUGUCCAGUCGUCACAGGAUGUCAGGUAAAUUUUCAGACUGGGAUUUUUCCGGUCACUGGCGCCAUCUAGUGGCCUUUGAAGGUUUCAGGCAAGAAAUGAAACUUUGUUUUUUUUAUCAUCUGAAAUGUAAAUACAUGCUUAUCACAUUCAUACUAAUUACAUUGUACCACUUUAUUUUGCUUAUUGGAAUUUAGCUUUUUUAUUAUUAAUUUUGUCAUGUGUCUGAGUUUAAACUGUAAAAAUUAGGACAUAUCAAUCAUUUCCCAUGUUUGCCAAAUUUCUGUUGGCAACACAGUCUAUUUGAAAAAAAAUGAGUUAAAAACUUUCUGCUAAAAACAACAUAACCUAGUUGGCCAAUUUAAAGGGGAAAAUGUAAAACUAGGCUGGAUUUCAAAUGUUUGCAUUUAGUGAGAAACAUGCAGGUCUUGCUUUGAGCGACACUUGAAUAAUUUUAAGAUGCCUGUGGGGACAUUAAACUUUUGUCAUGAUUAACACUGAGCUCCAGGGAGAUGCAUGGAAACCACUCACAAUGUGUGUGAAAAGAUACCAUUUGUGUAACACUGCUAAAACAAGAUCAAGAUUGAGCUGAAGAUUGGUACAAAAGGUCAAAUCUUUACCUGGACAUGACAGGUUUCAUCGUUUGGCUGUCUACACAGGAGGAAACACUCAGACAUUGAUUUUUUUUUUCUUUUUCUCAUUGAUUUUCUUUCCUUGUUUAGUCUGUGAGGAAUGUGCAUUCACAAGAUCUGGACCUUUUGUACAGGUGUAAAACCAGAGGCAGACAUUGCAAAAGCCUCAAGGUGGUUCUUAGGAGUCCGAGUGUAGAUGCAAGACAAUAAUUUAAAAUAGUUAUUUCUAUAAACUUUAGUUUGAGGAAGUCAAAAGAAAACUUUUACAAGGAUAAAAGCCAAACACAUCAAGUCGGCUGUUCCAUUUGUUUCAGAGUACACAGGAAACACCGACGCAUCUUUCAUGUUCUCAUCACCAACAUCAAGCUGGUUCAUACAAGAGCUAUUUUAACUCACUGAAAAAAGUCUAAUAUUCAAAAUAGCGUAACAUCACAAUGAAAAAUUACUUCAAAGUUUACAGAUUACCAGCAGAAUAAACAUUUUGUCAGUGCUGUUAAAGGACGUUUUCUAAUAAAACAUCUAGGCCUCCGGAGAAUGAUGUGAAAAUGGAGAGAGGUUCAAAUAUAAAACUAUGUACAAAUAUUUUUAUCUACAGUAUGUACAGUUGUGUACUGUUAACUAUAUUUGUCAAAAUUCAGAAUUUAAAAAGAACAGUACAAUUAGGUUAUAGUUUGUAUGUUUCAAGUUUUUUUUAUUCUUUCCUGUUUUGUAAAAGCAGUUUCUACUAUGCAAACUUGGCAUUGGUUAUCAUAGAAGUCUGUAACUAGAUCAGUCUUUAAAAGUGCAUUUUAAUUUUACUAUCAUGAGUGGUUUGAUUUGAUUAGUGUGGGAUAGUAAUGGUCCAUUUUUUUGCUAAGUCUGGCACGCUUCAAGAGUCUUGCUUAAUCUUGCUGAUUGCUUGCCUCUCUGUCUCUAACUGUUUUCUGUACAAAGUGUAAGAAAGAAUUUUUAAGACAAUUAAUAAAUUAUAUUUAUAAGCAAUCCUAAAA